CUCCCCCGUGGGCGGUGGCGGGGCCGCGGCGAUUUUAGGUGGUAUCGGCGGGGUUGCGCUGUGCCGUGAUGUCGUCGGGGACUGCGUUGUUUGCGCUGGCUGCGCUGCUCUGGGCCCACUCACUACUGGGUCCCGGCGGGGCGGCAGCGGCGGUGUGGCCCGCCUGGCUAAACGUGUCGUGGGAGGACACGGCGGACCAGAACCGGAGCGGCUGGGAGGCGAGCGAGAGCGGCCUGUACGGGCAGGACUCGCCGCUACAGGGGGCCGCCGGAGUGCUGGUGCUGCCCGACGGCCGCGACUCCUUCAAUGCCUGCAGCGCCGGCACCAACUUCAGCGGGGCCCCGGCGCCCGGCAGCGGCAGCUCCGCAGGCUGGCUUGCCCUCAUCCAGCGCGGCGGCGGCUGCUCCUUUGCCGACAAGAUCCGUCUGGCCGCGGAGCGCGGCGCCGCCGCCGCUGUCAUCUACAACUACCGCGGCACUGGCAACGAGGUGCUGCCCAUGUCCCACCACGGUGCUGAAAGCAUCGUUGCGAUUAUGAUUGGCAACCUGAAAGGCAUGGAGAUCUUUCACCGGAUUAAAAGUGGCAUGAAAGUGACCAUGGUUAUUGAAGUGGGGAGAAAGCAUGGUCCUUGGAUGAAUCAAUAUUCCACCUUCUUCAUCUCAGUGUCAUUUUUCAUUGUCACAGCAGCAACCAUGGGCUACUUUAUUUUUUAUUCUGCUCGGAGACUCAGGAUUGCAAGAGCCCAGUCCAAGAACCAGCGACAGCUGAAGGCCAGAGCUAAGAAGGCCAUUGAACAGUUACAGCUACGUACCCUGAAGCAAGGGGACAAGGAGACUGGUCCUGAUGGAGAUACCUGCGUUGUGUGUAUCGAGCUAUACAAGCCGAACGAAGUGGUACGGAUUCUGACUUGCAACCAUCUCUUCCACAAGAACUGUAUUGACCCCUGGCUUCUGGAACACAGGACAUGCCCCAUGUGCAAAUGUGACAUACUCAAAGUUUUGGGUGUUGAGAUGGAUGUAGAAGAAGGAGCUGAGUCUGUGCAAGCUACAGUAUCAAGUGGGAGAUCAAAUGUCCCUGCAGUUCAUGAAGAGGACAGUCACAGUGAAACAGCAUCAUCUGGAUAUGCUUCUGUACAAGGAACAGAUGAAUCUGUUCUGGAGGAACAUGUACCAUCAGAAAAUGACAACAUGCAUCUUGUAAACAAUGAAUCCCAGUCCUCCACUGUGAAUGCCCUUCCACAUGUUGACAACCCAAGUUUUGAGGCAGACGAAACGCAAGUUCGAGAAGUCAAAUCCUAAGAAUGUGCUGAGCAGCACGGUGUAAGCUUUCUGCAAGGAGCUGCCUACUGUCAUCACAUGUAUACCAAACAUUGCAAGACUGUAGCAUUAAAAAUAUUGCCUUGGCAAUGUUGAGAUCAAAUGGACUGUUCAAAUCAUAAUUGUAUGGUUUGCAGUUCUUAAAACUGCAUCUCCCAUGUGGAAUUUAGAUUUAGUACUAUUCAGAUAAAGCUGUCUUAAAUAUAAAGUAAAACAUCAGACACUAACACUAAACCAAAAGUUCCAUUUUCAGCAGAGCUUCUGAAGGUUCAGUGUUUGAGUCAUUUAAAUAGGAAGAAGAUUCUUUUACAUCAUAGCUGUCUCUACUGGGAAUUAUUUUGACUGUUUUGUUUUUUUUGUUGUUGUUGUUUAUUGGUUUAAUUCAAGUGGACUUUCACUGUAAACAGAUUGAUUUUGAUCUGGUCUAAUACUUAUUUAACAGACAUGGUUCAGUUUAAAACAACACUGUUUGUGUAGUAUUUCGGUGCAGUAAUUUGGUAGGAGAAAGUAUCAGCUAAUGCCUGUCAAACUGGAUUUUGCCCAGUGUCUUCAGUUCUCUACUACACAGACUGAUUCUCUACCUCUCAACUCUGACCUGCCAACCACACAUUCCUAAAAGGGAAAAGAGAGCUGCAAGCCGACAGGCAAAACCUGACUUGCACAAUACUGCAAAGGGAGCAAUUGUAGGAACUUUUUCAAAUGUGUGAAUAUAAGACAGGCAAAAAGAUCUUCUGUGGUUUUUGGAGUUAUAACCAUCUCUAGCAUCAGCAAUGUGCCAGAGUCCUGGUUUUGUGCAAGUCUGGGAUGACUUCAGGAAGACUGAACUAAAGAUGAAAAUUUAGGUUCUUUCCAAACAACACAGCAUAUCUUUCUGGGAAAGCAUUCUGAAAAAUGCUGGACUGUUGCUGUGCAUUGUCUUGCCUGUCUGCUAAAGCUGCAGGGAGAGAUGGUGUCCUGUGAAUGUAGCAGAUGAUUGGAGAUGUUGUCUGCCAUCUGCAGGGAGUUGACCUGGGAUCAAGGAGGAACACUGGGUGUUUCAAUAAGUGGAGGGCCUUGCUCAGCAAAGGUAACUAAGGACAUCUUACAGAUGCACUUUAUUUUUUUUCUUUUACUCUCUAUCUAUGACUCAUUUCUGAUGUUAGUAGAACUCAAGUCUUAAAGCCUGCAAUAAAGUACUAUUGAAUCUGGAGGGGGAAAGCAAUGUGUUUUCUUUAGCUGUAGUACAAUUCAAAUGGUUGUAAAUAUUUCUUGAUUUGUAUUGAAUUUGAAUAUGAAAAUGUAAAUAAAACUAUAUUUUGAUGACCCUGA